AUGGGUGCAAAACCUCAUGAACUCUCAUGUCUUGUCUUAGCUCUGUGCUGUCUCUCCGUAUCGGCCGACGUUUUCCUCAGCAUCGAUUGCGGCUCAUCCGUCUCAUACAGAGACGAUAACCUCAUCGACUGGUCGGGUGACGACAACUUCACACGAACCGGCGAAUCCCGUUCGGUGCCGUCGGCCAGCUGGCUCCCCCGAGCAGCGGCCACGCUGCGCGUUUUCACGUCCCGAGCCAAGAACUGCUACCACAUCGACUCGUUCAAACGGGGCCGCGCGCUCGUGCGCGCGGGGUUUUACUACGGGAACUACGACGGCAGAUCCUCUCCCCCGACUUUCGAACUCCAAUUCGACGGCAACCGUUGGGCGACGGUCGAGACUUUGGCCUCGGAGCUUGUGUAUCACGAGGUUGUUUAUGUUAUGAAGGGGGAGUCGAUAAGCGUGUGCUUGGCCCAAACGAGGCCAGGACAGUUCCCAUUUUUGUCGUCCCUCGAGUUUCGGAGUUUGGAGCCGUUCAUGUACGCGAUGGUAAACGAGACACAGCCUCUGUUCCUGAGGAGGAGAGUGGCUUUUGGAUCGAAUGCAACUAUCAGGUAUCCGAAUGAUCUAUACGACCGAAUAUGGAGUCCGGAAGAAUCCUCCGAAGCCAUGAUCCCAGUCUCAAGCACAGCCGUUUUCAACGGUCCGAUCAUAUUGUCGGAAUUACCCCCACCCGCAGUGCUAAAGCAUGCAGUUACCGCAGUUAGUCCGACUUCGAGCUUACAAAUAAACAUGGGAUUUCCAAUUGUCGAGGUCCCGGUUUACAUCAACGCCUACUUUUCAGAAGUAUCCCGACUUCAGCUGAACGAGACACGAUCGAUGUCCAUUUUCAAGGAUAAUCAGCCCUUCUCGCAGCCAUUUUCUCCGCCUUACGCUAACUGCACGCAACUGUACACUAAUAACAUUACCGCCUCCACAAACACGACUUUUUCUAUAGUCCCGGCAAACGAUUCGACACUUCCUCCGCUUAUAAACGCCAUAGAAGUCUUCGUCGUGGGACCCGACCUGACAAACGGUACCGACAGAAGAGAUGUGCAAGGCUUGGAAGCUCUACAAAACGUGUUCGGCACGUUGGCAGAUUGGAGUGGGGAUCCGUGUCUUCCAGCACCGUACGCAUGGGAUUGGAUCGAUUGUAGCAGUGAUUCUACGCCGCGAGUUACAGCUCUGCUUCUCAGUAGCUUUGGCCUCUCGGAAAUGCUUCCGAAUUUUAGUUCGAUGGAUGCUCUUCGAACAAUUGACUUUCACAACAACAGCUUGCAAGGGCCUAUUCCUGAUUUCCUUGGCACAUUACCUAACCUCAGAACACUAAAUCUAGCAAAUAAUCGACUCAACGGCUCGAUACCAGCUUCGCUGUCGAACAGGAAUGGCCUUGAUUUAGUUGUGACCGGGAACACUGAGCUGUGUGCAUCGGGCGAGUUAUGCCCAGCUUCUUCUGGUAACGAGCGAUUAGGAUCUGACGUGAGUACGGAGAAUAUCAAUAAUUUACCUACAUUGAUUUUCGGUAUCGUAAUUUAUUACUUGAUGGUAUAUCUGCUCGAGUAA